AUGUCAAUAAACACUAGAAAUACAACACCAAUAACAAUCAAUGAUCUGCCAGUGGACAGUGUUGACGAUUUCACCUACCUUGGAAGCAUCAUAAGCAAAGAUAAUGGAACAGGGAAGGAUAUAAAGGCAAGACUAUCUAAGGCACGUGCAACAUUUGCUAGACUUCAUACAAUCUGGAAGUCUAACCAGUACAGUUUAAGGACCAAACUGCGAAUUUACAACAGCAAUGUAAAAUCUGUCCUACUGUAUGGUUCGGAAACUUGGCGUGUUUUAGUGAGUGACCUUCAAAAAGUAGAUGCUUUCCAUACUAGCUGCCUUAGAAAAAUUAACAAAAUAUUCUGGCCAAAUAAGAUCAGUAACAAGAGCCUUUUGAAGAAAUGCAAUGCUAAAAGUAUAACAGCAGAAAUCAAACAACGAAGAUUUAGAUGGUUAGGCCAUGUACUGAGAAUGCCACAACAUCGCACACCUAAAGCAGCUUUAAAUUGGACACCACCAGGAAAAAGGAAACCAGGGAGGCCUAGAAUCACCUGGAGAAGAACUACAAUAGCAGAAUUAGAAGCAAUGGGUUACACCUGGGGCCAAGCCCAGUACAUGGCUAAGGACAGAGAGAAGUGGAGGCAAUUUGUUGUGGCCUUAUGUCCCACUUGGGAUGAAGAGGAUAAGUAA